CUUUUUUGUCAAAAUGUUUGCUCCAAUUCUUCUCAUCAUCACCUUAAUACCUCUUUUCAACUGCCAAAGUAGAAAAGGAAGUGACAUCCUCAACGAAGUCCCAUUAAUUGAUGGUCAUAAUGACCUUCCAUACAAUUUAUAUCGCGUUGAGCACAACAAGCUUAAAAAUUUCAAAUUCAACUCUGAUUUAAGAAUUAAUAAAAAGUGGAUAGACAGUAAGGCAGACACAUACACAGAUUUACCAAGAUUGAGACAAGGAAAAGUUGGUGGGCAAUUUUGGGUUGCGUUUGUUGACUGUGAUUCGAAUUAUUGUGAUGCUGUUGAAAGGACGAUCGAUCAAAUUGAUGUGAUUAAGAGGCUCAUCAACAGAUAUCCUCAAGAUCUAGCCUUUGUCACGAGUUCCAAUCAAAUCAUGCCAGCCUUCAGGUCUGGUAGAAUCACUAGCAUGAUUCAAAUUGAAGGUGGACAUAGCAUUGAUUCAAGAUUGUCAGCUUUGAGGUUGUUUUAUGAACUUGGAGUUCGGGCGAUGACACUGACUCAUAACUGCAAUACACCUUGGGCUGAUAACAAUCUUAUGGACGGAGUUAAAGAAAAUUUCACAAUGAAUCCUAGUGCUAGAAAGAAGACAGGCCUUACAAAAUGGGGAUAUAAUGUAGUCAAAGAGAUGAAUAGACUAGGAAUGAUUGUGGACAUAUCGCAUGUUAGUGAACAUGUCAUGACCGAUGUCCUUCGAAUAUCAAAAGCUCCUGUAAUUUUCAGUCAUUCUUCGGUAUUCAAUAUUGUCCGUCAUACAAGAAAUGUUAAGGAUUAUGUGCUGCAGAUGUUGAAGAGAAACCGAGGUGUGAUCAUGAUUAACUUUUCAGCACCAUUCGUUAGUAACCAAAAUGCGACAAUUCAUGAUGUUAUUAAGCACAUCAACUACGUCAAAAAUCUCAUCGGAGUCGAUCACAUUGGAAUUGGUGCUGAUUACGAUGGAGUAGCUGUCAUGCCAAAAGGAUUAGAAGAUGUCUCGAAAUAUCCAGCAAUAUUUGACAUUUUAGCACAAGGAGGAAAUGGAUGGAAGCCAUGGAACGCGGAACAGCUUAAAAAACUAGCUGGUUUGAACUUUAUUCGAGUUUUUAAUGAAGUUGAGCAAGUUCGGGAAAGAAUGAAGAAUGUUGACAUUCUUGACGAUCCAAUUCCAUAUGAAGAUGUUAUGAAGGACAAUCCUGAUGUCAAGAAGUGUCGAAUUGAUAUUGAUCAUUAUAAAAAUGUGCAAUGAAUAAAGGUUUUAAGUUAUAUUAAAUAAGUGUCGAGAAUAAAUAGUUCAA